AUGGCUCUGCUGCUCGCCUGGGCGUGUGUGGCUGUGAGCGUGGGGACGGCGCUGGGGGACCAGGGCGACGGGGCGGACCUCUACUCGGAAAACAUCACUCGCAUCCUCGACAAGUUGUUGGACGGCUACGACAACAGGCUCCGACCGGGAUUUGGAGGCGCCGUGACAGAAGUCAAAACGGACAUCUACGUGACCAGCUUCGGGCCGGUGUCCGACGUGGAGAUGGAAUACACAAUGGAUGUCUUCUUUCGUCAGACAUGGACUGAUGAGAGGCUGAAGUUUAGUGGGCCAACUGAAAUUUUGAGACUGAACAAUUUAAUGGUCAGUAAAAUUUGGACACCAGACACGUUUUUUAGAAAUGGAAAAAAAUCAAUUGCUCACAAUAUGACAACUCCUAACAAACUUUUCAGAAUUAUGCAGAAUGGAACUAUUCUUUACACUAUGAGACUAACCAUUAAUGCUGACUGUCCUAUGAGGUUGGUGAAUUUCCCAAUGGAUGGACAUGCUUGUCCACUGAAAUUUGGAAGCUAUGCUUAUCCAAAAAGUGAAAUAAUUUAUACUUGGAAAAAAGGACCAUUGCAUUCAGUAGAAGUACCUCAGGAAUCUUCCAGUCUUCUCCAGUAUGACCUCAUAGGACAAACUGUAUCUAGUGAAACAAUUAAAUCUAACACAGGUGAAUAUGUAAUCAUGACAGUUUAUUUCCACUUGCAAAGGAAGAUGGGCUACUUCAUGAUACAGAUAUACACUCCUUGCAUUAUGACAGUCAUUCUUUCUCAGGUGUCUUUCUGGAUUAACAAGGAGUCUGUUCCAGCCAGGACAGUUUUUGGGGAAUAUUCACUCCAGCUGCUCUAUUUCCAUCUGCAAAGGAAAAUAGGCUACUACCUCAUUCAGACAUACAUUCCAUGCAUCAUGACUGUCGUCUUGUCUCAAGUUGUGUUUUGGAUUAACAAAGAAUCUGUUCCAGCAAGAACCGUGGCUGGAAUCACCACAGUCCUCACAAUGACCACUCUGAGCAUCAGCGCUCGCCACUCUCUGCCCAAGGUGUCCUAUGCCACCGCCAUGGACUGGUUCAUCGCCGUGUGCUUUGCCUUUGUCUUCUCUGCACUUAUUGAGUUUGCAGCUGUCAACUACUUCACCAAUCUCCAGGCUCAGAGAGCAAUGAGGAAGGCAGCCAGGGCAGCAGCACUGGCAGCAGCACUAUCAGCAGCAACCGUACCGGCAGAGGACGAGAUUGUCUCGCAUUCUGACUCCAACUCUAACCUGAAGAAGAGAGUGAACUCCAUAGCAUCUCAGGCAGAGCAGUCUCCUGAGCCCAGCAUCAUAUCAAAUACUGCAUCCCAGUGUCAGCCUCUGCCUGUUCCUCCACCAGCACCACCACAACCACCAGCCAUUGGAGGUGCAAGUAAAAUAGACCAGUAUUCCAGGAUCCUCUUCCCAGUGGCAUUUGCAGGAUUCAACCUGGUGUACUGGGUUGUUUAUCUUUCAAAAGACACUAUGGAAUUUUUUGAACCUUCAGCAAUGCAUUUUCGAAAUGACCCUCAGUCCAACUGA